UCACUUUAAUAAGCAAAUUUCAAGAAUAUUUUUCAUGAUCAUAAACACCCAGUGUAAAUAUUGGAAAUACAAACUUUAAUUACACUUGUAGUCUGUCUGCCUCAGGAACCCUGCGAAAGAAGCCAGUGUCUUACAUGCCUGUUGCCAGUGACAUGUUCAGGCCUCCCCCAUCCCGCACCCCCAGCUUGAGUCUUCCCCUGGGUUUUGCUUUUCAGAUAGCCAUGUCUUGUCAAGUGGGCAAAAGGGAAGAAAGCAGGYCAAGCCAGAAGCCCAUGAAUUUUAGGCCAUUUUGAGGCAAAAGGCUUUAUAUUUUUUUCAAGUCCAUGUGGGAUAUAAAACUGAUGGCUCACAACGGUUAAAUCGAUCUUUUGUACAUAUCUAUUCUUUUGCUGUAAACUCUCCAAACCCACUUAUGUCAUUCAUUUGCUUAUUUCGAAUACAAGUUAAUGCCCCAAACACUACGUUUUAGAGGGUGAACCUGAUGGUUUGUCAAUUACAUCUCAAAAAGAAAAAUAUUAAUAAAUACACACAUAGAAUACAUAAAAGAAAGAAUACCUCCCAAUACACGAGACAGUUUUCCUGUCCUCACCUGUCUCUGGAGAGGCUCCGUGUUGAGCCCGCGGGGAGGCUAAAGAUGCAGCUCUUACUACUUUAUCAAGACGGAUACGGCUGACCACAGAUUCGAACCCAUGGCUGCCUGAUUUGCAUGGUUUCGAGGUGAAUCACUAAGAUCCACUGUCCCCAGAACUGAACUAACUACUUAGGGGGCAGCUCCCUCGUGCCCCCUUGCCCUUGCCUUCUAUCGCCGGCGUCCCCAGAAGGGAGCCCCGCGAGGUCGGACGGUGCGCGAGUCCCAGGCAGGCCGAGGCCCGAGGCGAGGUCAGGGCUGCGCGGCAAACCCAGCGCCCUGCUGCUCCCCGCCGCGGCCAGCCGGCACUCGGCGGGGACCACGCGGACAGAGCGCCGCGUCCGCCCGCCCGGCACCCAGCCCGGUCAGCGGCCAUUGCAGCUCCUGCAGGCCUCUGGGGCGCGCCGGGGCCUGCGUGGCGGCUGGGCUCGCAGCUCGGCGCUGCCUGCCACUCGGAGCCGACGCCGGGGAGAGGCGGCCGGGGCGGCGGGCAGCUCGCGGCGGACGCCAUGGCGGCGGUUCUCGGGGCGCUGGGGGCGACGCGGCGCUUGCUGGCGGCGCUGCGGCGCCGGAGCCCGGGUCUGGCGGCCCUGUCUUCAGAUGCCCAGUUGUUGGCAGCAGAGGAGAGGAACCAAGUUAUGCUUGACCUCAAAGCAGCAGGAUGGUCGGAAUUAAGUGAGCGGGAUGCCAUCUACAAGGAGUUUUCCUUCAAAAAUUUUAAUCAGGCAUUUGGCUUUAUGUCCCGAGUCGCCCUACAAGCAGAGAAGAUGAAUCAUCACCCUGAGUGGCUCAAUGUGUACAACAAGGUCCAGAUAACCCUCACCUCUCAUGACUCUGGCGGACUGACCAAAAGAGAUGUGAGACUGGCCAAGUUUAUUGAGAAAGUGGCUGCUUCUGUGUGAUUUCUUCAAAAUGCAUGCAAAAUCUUAUAUACUGCUGCAGUAUGUCUUGAAGGCAAUUUACAUAAACAAAAAUCAAGUUUUAAAGGAGUUCAUCCUUCUACAUUUUGUAUAAUCAGUGURUAAAUACAAGAUGACCUAAACCUGA